AUGCUCGACUUCACGCACUUUCCCGAGGUCUUCCCCACCGAUGGCCCGCGGCCGUAUGACCAGCACUUCGUCCGCCAGACCGAAACCUUCCGCAAGUCUCUCGAUGGCGUGCUCUUCAUCGACCGCGUCCUAGGCGCCCUCGGCCUACCGGACGCCGCCAAAGCCUAUCCACCGCGCGGCGACGCCGGCCUGCGCGCGCUGCACCAACAGGUGUGCUCUGCAAAGGUGUCGGCCCACGCGAAGCUCUCCGUGCUGUACUACCUUUUGCUCGAUCACGACGAACACCGCGGCUCGCGUUCCCAGCUGGCGGAUGCCCUGGCCGAGGAGGUAGGCCUACCAGCAAAUUAUCAGAUUCUGAUGCGCGGGCUGUGGCAUAUGGAUCGGAAGGAGUUUAAGUUCGCCCUCGAACAUCUAGCCCAUCCCUCCCUCCCCGCCGAAUUUGCCGACGAGAUCAUCACCGUCCUGGUCCGGGACGGCCACACCACAGGCGACUACUCGCUGCCGCUAGCCUACUACCACGCGGUUCGCCCCGUGCUCCAAACAUCGUCUGCCUUAGAAAACCUCUUCGCAGCCCUCGCGCGCACCAGCGUCACCGACGCGCUGGCCUUCUCACGUACCUACCCCGACCACGGCGCACGUCAGCUGUUGUUUGAGAGGCUGGUCGCUAGCGUGCUGGAGGAACAUGGCAGCGGUCAGGUCGCAGGAAGGUCCGCUUCGCGGGCAAAGGAACUGGUUAGCUUGCCGCUGACGGGUGUGGAGGAGAAAUGGUUGAACGACUAUUUGUCGACGGGGGAGGGGAGGAAGAGUCGUAGUGCGAAAGCGGUGGUGCAGAUGCGGCAGGUUGUGACGGGACGUCAGAAGGAGUUGGGGGCUGUGGUUGGGGUGAGGGCGGGCAGAUAA